AUGGCCCCUCACAACAAUACUCAAUUUCAUCCAUCCUCUUUCUUCCUAUUGGGGAUCCCAGGUCUAGAAGAUUUGCAUAUCUGGAUUGGCUUUCCCUUUUGCACUGUAUAUCUGAUUGCUGUUAUGGGAAACAUCACCAUCAUUCUUGUGAUCCAGACUGAACGGAGUCUCCACCAGCCCAUGUUCUACUUCUUGGCCAUGUUGGCUGCCAUUGACCUGAGUUUAUCCACGGCCACCAUUCCCAAGAUGCUGGGCAUCUUCUGGUUCAAACUGAAAGAGAUAAUGUUUGGUGCUUGUGUCACCCAAAUGUAUGUCAUCCACAUGUGCACCAGCCUUGAGUCUGUGUUACUUGCAGUCAUGGCCAUUGACCGCUAUGUGGCUAUCUGCAAUCCACUGAGAUAUACCAUGAUCCUCACCAAUAAGGUUGUAGUCAUUCUGGGAAUUAUCAUUAUAGUAAGAUCUUUACUCUUUAUCACUCCAUUCAUAUUUCUCAUCCUAAGACUGCCUUUCUGCAGUGCUCAAAUUGUUCCUCACACUUACUGUGAGCAUAUGGGUAUUGCUCGUUUGAGCUGUGCCAACAUCAGAGUGAAUAUCUUAUAUGGACUGGUGGCUUUUUCUGUAGGAUUUAUUGAUAUUUGUGUGAUUGGUUUUUCCUAUAUAAAGAUCCUUCACACAGUUUUCUACCUUCCAUCCUGGGAUGCCCGUUUCAAGGCUCUCAAUACCUGUGGCUCUCAUGUCUGUGUUAUCCUCAUCUUCUAUAUCCCAGCAUUUUUUUCUUUCCUGACACAUAGAUUUGGUCAUAAUAUCCCUGGUUACAUCCAUAUUCUUCUAGCCAAUAUGUAUGUGGUAGUUCCACCUGCACUCAAUCCUAUCAUCUAUGGUGUCAGAACCAAGCAGAUACGAGAGAAACUAAGAAAAGAAACAUAUCCGGGCAACUCUCUGGUGUGCACAAUGAAAAAGAAGGGGUUUAUACUUCCCAAACUUCAAGCAGUGAAGGCAGCAGCUCCAGGCACUGUGUUGGAUCAGGAACAUUGGGAAGAGGAGCUCCUGGUCCAGGUCAUAGCUAGCAAUGGGAAGAUUGGGAAGGUCAGCAGCAGCAUGGAGCCCAGGGAGGGUCGAGCUGGAGGGGCUGGCACUGAAAGCCAAGAAGAUCAUGAACAGCAGACAGAAAAAGGCAGCUGGAGCUAUCAGCAAAAGCAUGGCUUUUCCCCGUUAGGCCAAGAACUCCUAUAA